AGAAUUUCCCCUCGCCCCACAAACGGGUUAAUGGAAUAGAGUCAUUCAUUCCCUGCUAAACCGGUGCUGGUCGUGAUAAUUCUCUGAUUGUGACUCAAUAUCUUCUGAUCUACAAAUACUAUAAAAUCCCAUUUAUUUUGUUUGAAUUAUUCUUUACACAGAAUUACUUCAAUUGUUUCUCUAAUUGCUCUUCUUAAACAGUAAAAGAACAAACAACUAUCAAUUGCAAAGCGGAGAGUUUUAAAAGCAAAAUCAUAAAAUUAUCCCAUCAACCCCGCGAUUUCGUCAAAAUGCCCAUGUAAGUUAUCGAUACGGAUGAGUCAAAGUAAACUUCUUAAAUUCUCAAAUGCAAAUGCUGACUUUGAAUUGAUCACAGGCUUCAAGAUCCCUCGACGAAAUACAAGCGAUUUCCUCCCAUUGAAUUGCCUGAUAGACAAUGGCCAUCGAAAACUCUCGACAAACCUCCAAGAUGGCUUAGCACAGAUUUACGAGAUGGCAAUCAAAGCUUAGUCGACCCUAUGGAUGGUGAACAAAAGUGGAAGUACUUUAAGAUGUUGGUGGAGCUUGGUUACAAGGAGAUUGAAGUCUCAUUCCCUUCUGCUUCGCAGACAGAUUUCGAUUUCACCAGGCGCCUUGUGGAAACUCCUGGUGCCGUACCGGAUGAUGUCUGGCUCCAAGUUCUCUCACCGUGUCGUGAAGAAUUCAUGAAGCGAACUGUUGAUUCCCUUAAGGGCGCCAAGAAGGCCAUUUUACAUAUCUACCUUGCUACUAGCGAGUGCUUCCAGAGAAUUGUGUUCGGUUUGAAUGAGGAAGAGGGUUUGGCAUUGGCAGUUAGGUGUGCUAAGUAUGCUCGAUCUAUUACAAAAGAUGAUCCCGAACACGCCGGUACAGAGUGGGCUUUCGAGUUCAGUCCUGAAACCUUCUCGGACAGCAGACCGGAAUACGUGAUUAAGGUGUGCGAAGCAGUCAAGGAGGCGUGGAGUCCUACCGAAGAGAAUCCAAUCAUCUUCAACCUCCCUGCUACAGUCGAAAUGUCGACCCCCAAUGUUUAUGCCGACCAGAUCGAAUACUUCUGCAGGAAUAUCACAGAGAGAGAAAAGAUUUGCGUCAGCUUACAUCCACAUAAUGAUCGAGGAUGUGCCGUUGCAGCUGCGGAGUUGGCACAGAUGGCUGGUGCGGACAGAGUCGAGGGAUGUUUAUUCGGGAACGGGGAGAGAACAGGAAAUGUGGAUUUGGUUACUUUAGCCUUGAAUCUUUACACCCAAGGAAUUCAUCCUAAGAUUGAUUUCUCGGAUCUCGAACGAGUGAUAGAUGUUGUUGAAAUCAGCAACAAGAUCCCAGUUCACCCAAGAGCACCUUAUGGGGGCUCGUUGGUCGUAUGUGCAUUCAGCGGUUCUCACCAGGAUGCAAUUAAAAAGGGUUUCCAACUUCGAAAGAAGGGGGGGCACGGAGAUGAGAAUCGCUGGGAAGUGCCAUAUCUUCCUCUCGAUCCUCAGGAUAUUGGUCGUACUUACGAAGCUGUCAUUCGUGUCAACUCACAAAGUGGCAAGGGUGGAGCCGCAUGGAUUAUCUUAAGAAACCUUGAGCUUGAUCUUCCGAGGGGAUUACAAGUUGCUUUUAGCAAAGUGGUUCAGAAACGUGCUGAUGAACUCAGUCGCGAACUUCUUUCGCGCGAAAUCCAAGAUUUAUUCGAGCAGACCUACUACCUCAAGCACAAUCCAAGAUUCAGUCUUGUUGAUUACUCUAUCAGUACCCAUAGAAGUGCCUCGCCUGUGCCUCCCGCUCCAGGUAAGACGCAAGAUACGACGAACUUAAAGCGUCGAUUUGAAGGUGUCAUUUCUAUCGAUGGAAAAGAACAUGAAUUGAAGGGAUUAGGAAAUGGACCGAUUUCUAGUUUGGCAAAUGCGUUGAAGAGCUUAGGUAUUGAUCUUGAGGUGGCAGAUUAUAAGGAGCAUGCAGUUGGUGCUGGAACAAAUGUUAAAGCUGCGUCUUACAUUGAAUGUACAGCUUCAGGCUCUAAGGAGAAGGUAUGGGGUGUCGGAAUUCAUGAGGAUGUGGUCCAAUCUUCUUUGAUUGCUCUUUUGAGUGCAGCUUCAAACGUAAGUCGCCUAUUAAUACCAACCCUUCAUUUGAAAAUAUCUAACGACACUACAGUUCAUGGCAAGCAGACCCUCAACACCGCUACUCUUCAAGGGUAGGCAUGGUACCAGCACCAGCCGUGACCUCGAGCUUGAUAGCUCGGCAAAAGAAAACGCCAGUCUUGUAAUUCCCAAACCUACUGCAGCACCAAAGAGUGGACCGGAUGCGGUGAGUGUUUUGGAGGCAAAAGUUAAUGAUGCAUAAAUCGGGCUUCUCUUUUCGUUGUUCUACUUAUCACAAGGCUGCUUUCGUAGCCAAAAAUGAGGGGUAGCUUUUUAGCGCAUCUUUUCAGGGAUGGGGUUUGAUUGGCAUUCAUGGAAAGGAUAUAUGAAAAAGCGAUCAAAAAGUACAUUUGAAAUUGUAAAAGAAAUUGUAAAAACCAUGAUCAUCAAGAGAUACCUAGUUAAAGAAAAGUGUUUUCUUUUUAUUCAAAAUAAUAUAUUAUAUCAAUAGCUGUACCUAGUUAUAUCAAAGAAUAUAUCUAGGUAUUUCUCAAAUAGUAUUGUAUGCAAAUGAAGAAAAAAAUAUGAUCUAGUGCAUGUAUUGAUUAAUUG